GAGAGCAACGGCGAGAAAGAAGAGGAACCAGUGGGGGUCUUGUUGACGACUUUGACCUCUGAAGACCUUCAAAUUCACAUGACCCAAUAAACUACUCCCGUCUUUUAUUCCUUGAGCAACACCGUUUCAUGGACCUUGGAGACACAUCAGCGUUCCUCAGCUGGACCUGUCACAGACAGGGUAUGCUGUUGCUGCUGACCUGUCCAUGUGGGAGGGAUUGAUCGGGAUCAUCACGGCCCAUUUUACAGGAACCGAGAGUGAUGAAACCCAGUUUUUCACAGACUCAUCAAAACCGACAUGGGCGGUGUUGGGCGUGAGUCAGUCAGCGGAGCGGGCCAGAGGUCUCAGCGGCAUUUAAGCCGCGUCCCAGACGCUGGAUCAGCUUCGUCCUCGUCCUCUCUGAUGGGCUCGCGAAGCAUUUCUGGGAUCUGAAGCCUGACAGACCUCCAGCGAUGGGUGACUGGUCGUACUUGGCUUUGCUGCUGGACAGGGUCCAGUCCCACUCCACUGUGGUGGGGAAGAUCUGGAUGAGCGUCCUGUUUCUAUUCAGGAUCUUUGUCCUGGGCGCCGCCGCAGACAAGGUGUGGGGAGACGAAGUGUCCGACUUCUACUGUGACUCCCAGGAGCCAGGAUGCAAGAACGCCUGCUACAACUACUUUUUCCCCAUAUCCUACGUCCAUUACUGGGUCCUGCAGAUCACCUUCGUGACCACUCCCACCCUGGUGUACCUGGGCCACGCCAUCCACAUCAUCCAUAAAGAGAAGCGGAUGCUGCAGCACACGCAGGACAUGAAGCCCAGGUACACGGACGACAGAGGAAAGGUGAGGAUUAAAGGCAUCCUGUUUGGCACCUACUUAACCCAGCUGGUCUUCAAGAUCCUGCUGGAGGUGGCCUUCACUGUGGGCCAGUUCUACCUUUUACCUUUGAUCAAUGAACAUUUCUACCACUGUAAGAUGUCCCCACCUUGUGCCCGUUACUCUGGCGCCACGUGUUACACGUCGCGCCCCACAGAGAAGCUGAUCUUCAUCAUCUUCAUGCUCGCGGUUUCAGGCAUCUCAGUGCUGCUCAACAUCAUUGAGAUCAUCUACCUGGUGUGUAACAACAGGAGACAGGCCAGGAAGCGGGACGCAGCCCGAGCGCUCGCGUCCGUUCCUCAGUACCCGUCCAGCCCAGAAUGGAGGGGCAUGAGCAGCCAGUACAGAGGCUUCCCGCUGUCCCCGCUGCCGUGUGCGGGUCUGACCGACCACAGAGGGGACCAACAUGAUGAGUCCAUAGAUAAAGAGAAGGACACCUGAUCACAGAACACACAUUACCUUUAGGCCUUGGCUUAUUCUGUUCUAAACGUUUCUAAAGCCAGAUUGUGUGAAAUAUGAGGUUUCACUGUUUUAAGUAGUUGUUGUUGAGGUUGAAAUAAAUGAAUGAAUAAAAUCACACUAUCCUGAUUGGUCCAGGGCCCAGUGUGUCAUCUAGUUUAUGUUCUGGCAUCAGACAGUGGAGGCUCUGAGCAGCUCCUUCAGUGGAGACUGAUCCACAGUCUAGGAAGGAGAGGUAGCAGAUCCUUUAUUCCCACAACUCAACAGUCUGACAUAUUCAACUGCUGCAGUUUAAACUAUGUGUGAGAUCUGUUAUGUGUUCUUUUAUUCUUGCACAAAAUCGCACAUUUUCUAUUGUUUAUGCAUUUUACUGUUUUUGUUACUGCUUUGACAUAAAUUUAAAAUCAAUAAAGUUUAUCUUAUCUUA